AUGAAGUUAUUGGUGGUUAUGAUGUGCCUGCUGCUCACUACCCUGGCUGCUCCUGUUGCAGACAGUGAAAGCAAUGAGGAAAAACAUGUCAUACCAUGUUUAAGUCAUGUCAUCAAAUGCGAGUAUGAUAGGUGUCUGACAGAGAGGAUAAUUGGCUUAAUUGCAGUGCAUGUCUUGGGAUGUCUGGUAUUUCCUCAGCAGGCUGCAGCACAUGCUAAUGAGGCCCUGAGGUGGAUGGAGAUGUACAGGCUGUACCAGCAGCAGGGAGUAGUUGGAAACCCCUUCCUGCCUGCUGCUGAUGCUCCUGCUGACCCAGCUGCAGCAGCAGUGGUGGAAGCCGCACCAGCCCAGCCAGCUGAUGCCGCUCCUCCGGCUCCGGCAGCUGUCGGAGACACAUCAGAGGAGGAGGCGGAGGAUGGCAACCCUGCCCCUAAAGCUGCAGCACCUGGUGCACCUGCUGCCCCCCUAAACUCUGAUGAGGUAGAGGAAGCCGAGGAAGUGGAGGCAGCUGAGGCUGAACCAGCUGUGGUUGACGCACCAGCAGAGCCAGCAGCAGAGCCAGCAGCAGAGCCUGCAGCGGCUGUGGAGCCAGCAGUUGUUGACGUCCCAGUAGACGCCGCACCGGUUGAUGCUGCCGUUGUGGAUGUGCCUCCUGUUGAUGUGGUUCCAGUUGACGUUGCCCCUGAUGCCCCCGAGGUGGCCGUCGAUGCGGCUGCGCCUGUCGCAGCUGAUGUUCCUGUUGCUGCUGAUGCAGGUGCAGCUGAUGCCGGGGCUGGCCCGCUGGCAGCUGAGACUGACACAACUGGAGUGGCAGCAGAUGCUGCUGUAGUGUAGUUAUCUUUCUCUUAUAACCAGUAUAAGUGCUCCUCUGUUAGCAGUUACAGCAAGAGCUGGAAACAGUAACUGGAUGUGUAUGCAAUUCAAAGGGAUGAAAAAGCUGUGGCAUUUUAUAGAGAUGAAGUGUGUUUUUGGUUCAGAAUUGGACAAUUAAAAGAUUUUGUUGUGUUAAUCUUUCUGUCUUUAAUUAAAAUACUGUCAGCAGUUCCUUAGGUGAAAUUUAGCGGUGAUUCAGUGAUAAAUAAUGAGCAUGCUCAAAAGAACCAUAUCUCAUUGUGCACACAAGAGAAAAAUAUAGAUCUUUCAGGCCUAAAUGCAUUUUUCCCAGCAUGCAUUUUGACUUGUCACUAUUGGAAAAGCACAGGUAAUAACCCAAAUAAUGCCUCUGUCCCAUUCAGUUCAAUUUAAUUCAAUUUAAUAGACUUUAUUGGCAUGACAUUUGUGUUGCCAAAGCACAAUUUAGAAAUAUGAUAUUGUAUUUAGUAUAGUAGUAUAGUAUAAAACAGUAUUAUAUAAUGGUGAAAUACAAUAAAAUAAUAUGUAUACAAGUAAUUUCAGUAAUUGCAUCCCAGGUUGCCUCUUUUGUUGUGGCAGGAAGUCACAUGUUUAGCAGCCUAUGCUAUAAUUUUUCUCUUUCCGAUGAGUGUAAUUCUGUUUCUACAGCUACCCUUAUCACAAUGAUAGCACAGCCUGUCCUCUGUGCAGUCAUGUCUGUCUGCCUGCCCUUCUUUUUCCGGACUGUGGUCACUCUUUACAUUGGCAACGUCUCCCACAGGUUCUUAUCAGUUUCUGUGGUUAUGUAGUCUGCACUGCAUACUGAAUAUGUUCCUAGUUUGUGUUGUGAUUGUGUAAUACAAGUCCAAUAAGUGGUGUAUUUUAUUUUAUUUUAUUUUUUGUAAGUGUUUAUUUGGCAGUCUCAGGGUGAUGCAAGGGCUUCAUAAUGGUAAGAGGCAGCAUCAUUUUUUGAAACUUUUUUAAUAUGGCUCCAGAAUUAUAGCUCUUCUCUAAGUAAACGAUAAUCAAUUGUCCCAGUAAGCCAUGUCAUCAUUAUAUCAUUUACGUCUGUGCCUUUUCUAUUGCAACAUGUCAAACUCUCUGCUGUGAAAAAGACCUAUAUUAUGAAUAAAGGCAAAAUAUGGCAUAAAAAUGGUAUCCAAAUGAAACAGAA